GCACGCAGGUCUGGGUUAGGAACACGUGUGCACGUACGGUGCUGGAAGCUGAGGAGAGGGCGGAAGUAGGAAGAGAAUGAUGUGUAUGGGCAGAGUUGGAGCAGGAAGAACUGUGUGUAGUCUGUCUUCUCACUAUGGCUAUAGUGCCGCUGCUUGUCAAUGUGGCCGGUUCUGUACUGGGCGGCCUGGCCACGGCCGCCCUCAUCCCUGCCUUCAAGCAACACUUCAUCUCCGCUAAGCUGUAUGGGGUGGACAUGAACAAAUCCAGCAGAGAGCCCGUCCCAGAGUCUCAAGGAGUGAUUAGCGGGGCAGUGUUUCUGCUGAUCCUUUUCUUCUUCAUUCCUGUUCCUUUCUUGAGCUGUUUCAUUGAAGAGCAGUGUAGAGAAUUCCCACACCAUGAGUUUGUUGCUCUUAUUGGCUCAUUACUUGCCAUUUGCUGUAUGAUCUUUCUGGGUUUUGCGGAUGAUGUCUUGAACUUGCGAUGGCGACACAAGUUGCUGCUGCCCACUGCAGCCUCACUGCCACUUCUUAUGGUGUACUUUAUUACAUUUGGCAAUACUACCAUUGUAGUACCCAAGCCAUUCAGACCUCUUCUGGGGCUUCAUGUGGAUCUCGGGAUUCUUUACUAUGUUUACAUGGGUAUGCUAGCUGUCUUCUGUACCAAUGCAAUCAACAUUCUGGCAGGAAUCAAUGGUCUUGAAGCUGGCCAAUCUUUAAUUAUAGCUGGCUCUAUCAUUGUGUUUAACAUUGCAGAGCUCAGUGGUGACUGCCAUGACGAUCAUCUCUUUUCACUUUACUUUCUUAUUCCAUUUUUCUUCACCACCCUGGGAUUACUGUACCAUAACUGGUACCCUUCCAGGGUUUUUGUUGGUGAUACUUUUUGUUAUUUUGCUGGUAUGACCUUUGCUGUUGUUGGCAUUGUUGGGCACUUCAGUAAAACUAUGUUGCUUUUCUUCAUUCCACAAGUCCUAAAUUUCCUCUAUUCUCUGCCACAGUUGCUGCACAUAAUCCCAUGUCCACGGCAUCGGCUUCCAAGGUUUGAUCCUCCUACAGGAAAGCUUACUAUGAGUUACUCCAAAUUCAAAUCAAAAGAUCUAUCAGCAAUUGGAGCAUUAGUUGUAAAGGUUGCUGAAUCUCUUCAUGUGAUUGAUGUCAAACGAUAUAUAAGUGAUGAGGAAUUUAUGGAAAUAAAUAAUAUGACCCUAAUAAACUUUGUCCUGAAACUGAUUGGACCAACUUCUGAGAAGAGCCUAACAAUAGUUUUACUCUUCAUUCAGGUCCUAGGAAGUUGUUGUGCCUUUCUAAUCCGAUAUCAGUUGGUUCGCCUUUUCUAUGAUGUCUGACAUUCACCAUGCACUGAAUUUUACUGAUUCUGCUGUGAAGUUUAAACCACCCUGAGAAACACCAUUCUGAUCAAUUUGCUGACACAAGUUCAUCACUGAUAAUGGUGUAAUAGGAGCAUGCAUGUCUGAGAAACGUCCAAAACUGCAAAUGUUAUGAACUGGGGACUUGCCUGUUUCUGUACUGUUGCUCUAAAGUGUGACGCUUUUAAGACGAUCAGUGGUUGGAGGGGUACUGCUGCUGAGAUCCAUCUGUACUGAAGGAAGAAAAAGGAAGAAAAUGAAGUUUAUUUCUGAAGAAAUAUGCAAACUUUAUUUUUUUUACAUUGUUUUACAUGCUGGUCUGGUAUGGUUUCAUUUAUCAUUAUAGGAACCUAUUGUAUGUUACAUGAGCACAUAUUUUAAUAUAUUUUUUAAAUGUCAUUAUUUAAGCUGA